AUGAGUGAAGUGAAGGAAGCAGCUGACUCCUCGAUGCUCGUUGAGAAGAAUUUUUUAAGGAAGUUACUGUCAGACGAUUAUGAUCUCAUUGAAACGGCCAAAAUAAUCCAGCGAACAGACGCCCUGCCCCCCAUCGAAGUAAUCUCCAACUCCUUCCAGGCAGCCAGCAUCUGGAUCACCGUGCUCCUGGCCAUCAACAGGUACAUCGCCGUCUGCAGACCCCUGAAGGCCAACAUGGUCUCUUCAAAAGUCGUCAAAAUGCAGAUAGCUGGUGUGUUCCUGUUCAGUCUGCUCAGCAACCUACCGCGCUGGUUCUUCGUUUCAGUGAAGAUGAGCAAGAACCAGACGACGUCAUAUUCAACUAACUGUAACACUCUCUCGACCACAUCCAGCACCACAGCAACAGCUGCAACGUUGUUAUCUUCGGCUGAUGAUGGUUUCCUGGACGGCGAUGGUGAUGUUUCGUACGAAGACUACCAAAAUCAGCAACAACUACAACAACAACAACAGCAGCAGCACCAACAACAACAUCAACAACAUUAUCAGCCCCAAUCAGUUAGUUUCCUCUACUUUUACAACUCAUCAACUUUUAACAACGUGACGAACACGACCACUGCCUCGUUCAUGACCAGUGACAACGUUGGCCACAUCUCUUUCAUAUACGAAGUUGUGUACACCAUAUUCGUUCUCGUGACACCACUCAUCAUCCUCAUCGGACUCAACUGCAAAUUGGUGAAAGAAUUGAGGAAACUUAAGAUGCGUUUGCAAAACUUCAGUCGAAACUACAAGGGAUCGAACGAAGCAAACAUAACUGUGGUUAUGAUCGCCAUCGUCAUGAUAAUGGUCAUAUGUCAUACGCCCGAUCGCAUACUGCAGAUGUCCAGGUUCAUUGGCAAGUUUACAAAAGUGGCGCCCAACUCAUCGCCUCACAACCCUGGAUCAUUCCCUCACUGCCCCACCAUCUUCAUCACGUUCGCCAACAUCACUAACCUCUUGAUCAUCAUCAGUUUCUCCAUCAAUUUUGUUAUUUAUUUUGUUUUUCGGCAGCGAUUCAGGCAAAUUUUGAAGCAUAGAAUGCGAUAUUUAUGCAUAAAAAAAACGAACGACCCCAAGACAUUCAUCUACCAGAACACCUCCUACCUCCACCAGACGCACCGUUUCAACAUGACCAGCACCAACCGCAACUCGCCAAACAACAUCUCAGCUCACAGCGUCAACCUCAACUCUCCACUCAACAUUACGGCGCACACCUCCUCCGCUCAGGAAGACACCAAACUGAACAACCACUUCAAAAGUAUUAUUAAACACAGUCAUUCAGAUUCGGCAGGUCGUCAUCCCAGCAGAUACAUCAUGACUUUCAGGACUGCUUCUAUUCAUAAUCCACAGAGUGUUUAA